GGGCAGCAGGAGGCGCCUGAUCGCCGCCGGGGCGCUGGGGGUGGUGAUGGUACUUCUGCUGGUCAUCCUCAUCCCGGUGCUGGUGAGCUCGGCCGGCACGUCGGCGCACUACGAGAUGCUGGGCACCUGCCGCAUGGUCUGCGACCCGUACGGGGGCACCAAGGCGCCCAGCACGGCCGCCACGCCCGACCGCGGCCUCAUGCAGUCCCUGCCCACCUUCAUCCAGGGCCCCAAAGGCGAGGCAGGCCGGCCCGGGAAGGCGGGCCCGCGGGGGCCCCCCGGUGAGCCCGGGCCGCCGGGCCCCGCGGGCCCCCCGGGCGAGAAGGGCGAGCCCGGCCGCCAAGGCCUGCCGGGCCCUCCCGGGGCGCCCGGCCUGAACGCGGCCGGGGCCAUCAGCGCCGCCACCUACAGCACGGUGCCCAAGAUCGCCUUCUACGCCGGCCUCAAGCGGCAGCACGAAGGCUACGAGGUGCUCAAGUUCGACGACGUGGUCACCAACCUCGGUAACCACUACGAUCCCACCACGGGCAAGUUCACCUGCUCCAUCCCGGGCAUCUACUUCUUCACCUACCACGUCCUGAUGCGCGGAGGGGAUGGCACCAGCAUGUGGGCCGAUCUCUGCAAAAACAACCAGGUGCGUGCUAGCGCGAUCGCCCAAGACGCUGAUCAGAAUUACGACUAUGCGAGCAAUAGUGUGGUUCUUCAUUUGGAGCCAGGAGACGAAGUCUACAUCAAAUUAGAUGGUGGGAAAGCCCACGGAGGAAACAACAACAAAUACAGCACAUUUUCUGGAUUUAUUAUCUAUGCUGACUGA